GGCGGGGCGGGCGGCGCUUGGUGCCCCCCGCGCCCGCCAUGAACUCGCUGGAGCAGGCCGAGGAUCUCAAAGCUUUUGAAAGAAGACUUACUGAAUAUAUUGCAUGUUUGCAACCAGCUACUGGACGUUGGAGAAUGAUUCUGAUAGUGGUAUCAGUCUGCACAGCAACUGGUGCUUGGAACUGGUUAAUAGAUCCUGAGACACAAAAGGUGUCAUUUCUCACCUCGCUUUGGAACCAUCCAUUUUUCACAAUUAGCUGUAUUACCCUAAUAGGCUUGUUCUUUGCUGGAAUACAUAAAAGAGUGGUGGCACCAUCAAUUAUAGCAGCCCGAUGUCGGACUGUUUUGGCAGAAUAUAAUAUGUCCUGUGAUGAUACUGGAAAACUAAUUCUGAAACCUAGGCCUCAUGUUCAAUAAGAGCUGUCUUCCUUCAGUUUUUUCCACUGCAAUGGAAACCAAAAAUGACCUUUUUUUUCAAGGUAGUAUGACACCAAAAACCAAACAGGACUGAUUGUCAUUGCUUAGGAGCAAAAGUCUUACACAGUCAACAAUGAAAGUGUGCAAUAUUACUUUCUUGAAUAUUUCUCCAAAUUCUUUGUUAUCACAUUAUCAGUGCUCUUGCUACUUCUGAUUACCUCUUUUUCCAGUAUUAGUGUCACUUUUCUACUUCAACUAGAACAAAACGUACAGGUGAAGUAUAUUAAUUGGUUAUGAAGUUGAACAUGAAGAUCAAACCUCAUUUGUGUUAUGUGUCUUUGUAAACUAUUGUAAAUAGCUGAUUAAUACCAAUGUUCAGAGGAAAAAAAAAAGUAGUAUUUGCUAUAUGGAUUUUUGUUGUUGUUGUUCUCAUGAACAGUAUUGAAAGGAACACUUACCAUUCCCAUUACUUUUUGUUAGCACACUUAUUCAUUACAGCUGUCCUUGUUUCCUGGUCACUAUUUUUGGAACUGGCUAAAAGGCUUGCAGAAAGACUGCCUGGCUGCCCAUGCUGGAGAAAACUGGUCUUUUUGUUUAAGAACUUUGCAAAUAGAUCGAGGAUCACAUUUGUCUAACUGUAUAUAUAGUGCACCA